AUGCCGGUUGCUGUAAAUCCUCGUCGGGUGCCCACUAUUCACCGCAACCACUUCCUGUGCGAUUUCCUGGAGACAGCGGAGCAGCACUACAUGGUGGGGUUCAGAGUGCACUACUACGUAUUCACUGACCAGCCCAAGCAGGUGCCUGCAGUGACUCUGGCCCCUGGGAAGAAGCUCAGCAUCACCCGGGUUCCCAAGUUCAACUGCUGGCAGGAGAUCUCCUUGCGGAGGAUGGAGAUAAUCCAGACGGCCAUCGAGGAGCGCAUCCGCAAAGAGGCCGACUACAUCUACUGCCUGGACGUGGACAUGAGGUUCCACAACCGCUGGGGGCCCGAGGUGCUGGACACCCUGGUUGCAGCGAUUCACCCAUGGUUCUACACCUUGGACCGCGAGCAGUUCACUUACGAGCGGCGUCCUGCUUCCAAGCCUUACGUCCCAAAAGACCAGGGGGAUUUUUACUACAUGGCUGCCGCGUUUGGGAGCCACAUGAAUCUGUCCAUGACUCCAUCGAUUACAUGA